CUCAAAAAUUUAAAUAUAAAUAAGGGUCCAGGUCUGGAUGAUAUACCACCACUUUUUUUGAAGUCUUGCCGUUUGCCUCUUUUGGAACCUUUGUAUAUUAUAUUUAAUAUGUCUUUGUCUACAUGCACUUUUCCUUCUGAGUGGAAAAAGGGAAUUAUUGUUCCUGUCUAUAAGGAUGGAUCUAAAGAUCAAGCGAACAGCACGGCUUCGUUAGAGGCAGAUCUGUGGAAACCAAUUUGUGUAUAUUUUCUAAUUUUAUACUUAACAAUCUUGAGCGAGGCCUCCAGGUUGAUGCUGUAUACACAGAUUUUUCAAAAGCUUUUGAUAAGGUAAAUCACGAUAUUCUGGUGGCAAAGCUGAGGGACUUUGGGCUUUCUCAAAAUUUUCUUUUAUGGGUAAAAUGCUAUUUAUCAAACAGAACGCUCACAGUUCGUGUUAAUCACGACUAUUCAAAUGUUUUUUAUGCUACAUCGGGAGUGCCUCAGGGUUCGAACCUCGGACCACUUUUAUUUAUUUUAUUUACAAAUGAUGUCUCAUCUUUAUUUAAACACUCUUUAUUUCUUUUAUUUGCGGAUGAUAUGAAAUUAUAUAAAGUUAUCAAUUCCACAGCUGAUGCCGAGGACUUUCAAAAAGACAUUGAUAAAUUAUAUAAAUGGUCUUUAACUAACAAACUCUUGUUAAAUGUUAAGAAGUGUUCGGUAAUCACUUUUUCAAAAUCUUUAUCACCGCAAUUAUUUAAUUACAAAAUUGGCAAUUCUAUUCUAAAUAGAGUGGGGGAGGUUCGUGACCUUGGAGUAAUUUUACAAUCUACUUUCGAUUUCACUAAACAUAUAGAUCAUGUAGCUGAGAAUUCUCUCAGGACUCUUGGUUUUGUGACCAGAAAUGCAUCGAUGUUUAACAACAUAACAGCUAUUAGAACUUUGUAUCUUUCUUUAGUUAGAUCGCCUGUUUUGUUCGCAUCGAUUGCCUGGAGGCCUUAUUAUGAUGUCCACAUUGAUAGAUUGGAGAAGAUUCAAAACAGAUUCUUGCGUUUUUUAGCCUAUAAGGCAAAUGUAAAUCACGAUUUUUAUAGUCAUGAAUAUGGUAUGCUGAGAUCGCACUUCAGAAUUCAGGAUUUAUCGACGAGAUUCUUAUAUUCUGAUCUUCUAUUUUUAUACAAAACUGUAAAUGGAAUAUUCAUUUGUCCUGAAUUGCUUGAACUAAUUAAUUUUUAUAUACCAUCGCGUAAUUUGAGGAGAGUUAGUGGUUUGUUUAAGUUAGGUUAUCAUAGAACAGAGUAUGGUGAGAAUUCACCUAUUCAUAGAAUUUGUAAAGCAGCAAACUUACUUGCUAAUAAUAAUUUAGAUUUUUUUACAACACCAAUGAGCAAAUUUGUCAGGAAUUUAAAGUUAGCAAUCUUCGAAAAUAAUAAUGUUUGAA